AUGCGUGGCAAAACAGAACAUUUUCGAAAGAGAAAACAGUGACAAAAGCAAUGACGUCACGAUGCCCCGUGAUAAUAACUCCCACACGGCAUCGUUUUCGCAUUCACUGCCCCCAAAUGUGAUCGUUAUCUUCCGUUGACACAUACGAGACAAAAGUCUCUCUUUGACUUCUCAUACAAUUGGAAAAUUUCCGAGUUUUCUUCUUAUGAGUUUUUGACCCAACAACCAAAUUCGAAGAAAUUCAAUUUCAACUUCCCAAUCGUGUCUCCUUCCUUGUUUCUCUUACUCUAUCACCAAAUCCAUUUCAAAGAGAGAAAAAAAAAAAAAACAGAGCAAAAGAUCAAAAACCUUACACAAAUGCUGUCUUGUUCUAAAGCUUAAACACUGAAACCAGAUGCCGAUUCUAACUCUUCUUCUUCUUAUUCUUCCUCUGGGUUUUUUUAUAAACCCUUCUGUUUCAGACUCGAGAGGAGCGACGGUGGCUCAGAUAUGCAGCAACAGAACAACACCGCCGCAACAGAGAAGUCUCUUCGUCAAAACUUUCCUUGCCGCUAUGGACGCCGUAUCUCCACUUGUGGAAGCUAAAGGUUAUGGCCAAGUGGUCAACAACGCAAACGGAAAUCUAACCGUCUACGCUUAUGGAGAGUGUAUAAAAGAUCUUAAUAAGAAAGACUGUGACUUGUGUUUCGCUCAGAUCAAAGCUAAAGUCCCUAUUUGCUUACCUUUCCAAAGAGGUACUCGUGGUGGUCAAGUCUUCUCAGAUGGUUGCUACAUCAGGUACGAUGAUUACAAUUUCUUUAACGAGACCUUAGGCUUGCAAGAUCGGACAGUUUGUGCUCCAAAGGAGAUAACCGGAGUAAACCGGACGGUAUUCCGGGAUAACGCUGCGGAGUUGGUGAAGAACAUGAGUGUGGAGGCGGUGAGAAAUGGUGGAUUCUAUGCUGGUUUUGUGGAUAGACAUAAUGUGACGGUUCACGGUCUGGCUCAGUGUUGGGAGACUCUUAAUCGUAGUGGUUGUGUUGAGUGUUUGAGUAAAGCUUCAGUGAGUAUUGGUUCUUGUUUGGUUAAUGAAGAAGGUCGAGUUCUUAGUGCUGGUUGUUAUAUGAGAUUUUCUACUCAAAAGUUUUAUAACAAUUCUGGAAAUUCCACAUCAGAUGGUAAUGGUGGUCAUAACCAUUUGGGUGUGAUUUUGGCGGUGACAUCUUCGGUUGUGGCAUUUGUUCUGUUGGUCUCUGCCGCUGGUUUCUUGCUUAAAAAGAGACAUGCCAAGAAGCAAAGAGAGAAGAAGCAGCUAGGGUCAUUAUUCAUGCUUGCGAACAAAUCUAAUCUCUGUUUCUCCUAUGAGAAUCUCGAGAGGGCUACCGAUUACUUCAGCGAUAAAAAUAAGUUAGGACAAGGAGGAUCUGGCUCUGUCUAUAAGGGAGUUCUUACUAACGGUAAGACUGUUGCGGUAAAGAGACUGUUCUUCAACACAAAGCAAUGGGUGGAUCAUUUCUUUAACGAAGUCAAUUUAAUAAGCCAAGUCAAUCACAAGAACCUUGUGAAGCUCUUGGGAUGCAGCAUAACUGGACCAGAGAGCCUUCUGGUGUAUGAAUACAUUGCAAAUCAAAGCCUCCACGACUAUCUUUUUGUAAGAAAAGAUGUUCAACCGUUGAAUUGGGCGAAGAGAUUCAAGAUUAUACUUGGUACAGCAGAAGGAAUGGCGUAUCUUCACGAAGAGUCGAAUCUUAGAAUCAUACAUAGAGACAUUAAGCUGAGCAAUAUCCUUUUGGAAGAUGAUUUUACUCCAAGAAUUGCUGAUUUUGGAUUGGCUAGAUUGUUCCCAGAGGACAAGACUCAUAUCAGCACUGCCAUCGCCGGUACACUAGGCUACAUGGCUCCAGAAUAUGUAGUACGAGGAAAACUGACCGAGAAAGCAGAUGUUUACAGUUUCGGAGUUCUUAUGAUUGAAGUUAUAACCGGAAAACGUAACAAUGCCUUCGUACAAGAAGCUGGUUCGAUCCUACAAACGGUAUGGAGUCUGUACAGAACAAGAAAUCUGGAAGAAGCAGUGGAUCCAAUCUUGGGGGAUAACUUCAACAAGAUAGAAGCGUCACGGCUACUUCAAAUCGGUCUUCUCUGCGUUCAAGCAGCGUUUGAUCAGCGGCCUGCGAUGUCUACAGUUGUGAAAAUGAUGAAAGGGAGUUUGGAGAUUCACACGCCGACGCAACCGCCGUUUCUGAAUCCAGGGAGUGUAGUAGAGAUGAGAAAGAUGAUGAUGACUCCCACGACGAAUCAGUCUAAUUCUUCAGGAUCGAGGAGUGACUACAUAACCGAGGGUUCGAGUUUCUUCGAACCUAGAUGAGGUUUUAGAUCGUGUUACAUAUAUCAGUAUCCUUUUGUGUGGAUUCUGAAUCAUCUUGUGUCAUAUGUACAAAAGUUGAGAUGCCAAUUAAUCGUGUGUUAGCUAGGAGCUGAAGGUUAAGUAUGUGCCACGACAAUGUCAUAGAAGCUAGGAACUGAACAAUGUAGAGCUUACAUGGUGGGGAGUGGGGACAGAUUCUGGUUUAGUCUCGGUUUUGAUUUUAGUGAUUCGGUUUACGGUUCAGUAGUUUUAUUUUGUGUGUUAAUUUCAGUAGCUUUGUUUAUUAUCAUACGGUUUUUGUGUUUGUUCUUGAGUCAA